CGCGCGCGGAGAGGCGCAUGACCGGAGAGCAGGCGGAGAAUCACGCCGGUUCACAGCGCAUCAGUUCGCUCGCAGACCGGACCGUACAGGAGCUCGCGGGAGCGCGGAGGUAACGGCACGGCACGGCACGUGCGCGUGUGUCUGACAUUACAGGGGUGUGUGUUUGUGUGAUGAGGAUGGAGGACCUUCAGUAGAGCCACCACGGAGAGAUACACCUUCAUCCCCAGCAUGGCUGUGGACGCUGCGUCCAGUUUCAGCUUCUGCCGGGCUGCGCUGGACCACACAGUCUCGGCGGAGGAGCUGAACUAUCAGCUGCCACGGAAGACUGGUGGCAACCUAACCUGGCAUGACGGCCGCAGCCCCAGAACAGCCGGCAGAACCGUCAAACUGCUGCAGCAGCCCGGCACUGAGGGAAUACAGAUUCGUCCAGGUGAGGCCUUCACUGUGUAUCACACCAGCCCCACGCUGUCCAGCCUGUCUAAACCUGUGGUGCUGUGGACGCAGCAGGACGUGUGCAAGUGGCUGAAGAAGCACUGUCCUCACAACUAUCUGACCUAUGUGGAGGCCUUCUCUCAUCAUGCCAUUACAGGUCGCGCUCUGUUGCGGCUGAAUGGUGAGAAGCUGGAGCGGAUGGGUAUCGUGCAGGAGACGCUGAGGCAGGAAGUGCUGCAGCAGGUUCUCCAGCUGCAGGUUCGAGAGGAGGUACGCAAUCUACAGCUGCUCAGCAGAGCUUCUUUCGGCAACUUUUCUUAGCUCAUCCAUCCAUUUGGCAGCUUCCCCCUCUCCGCCCAACACAAUGGAUCCCUGAUAAGGAGAGAAGGCAACGCUCCAACUGGACACUGACAGAGGAGGAGGAAAAGAAAGAGAGAGAGAGACUAAACUGAGACUGGGGUUUGAGAGGACUGGAAAAAAGAGAAAUAGUUUUGUUCUGGGCUGAACCUGAACUAAAACCAGAACUAAAACCAGAACUGGAGCGUUUUUAAAGCCGCUGGACUAAAGAGACACUUGGGAAUUCCUGCUGUAAAAUAUACCAUCAGACUCAACACUCACCCCCAUUUCUACUGGACUGCAUCACACCGCUUUAUCAGCGGAACGCAGCGUUGGCUUAGCAGUCGGACACUCUGAUCUGAUGAGGAUCUGAUCGCAGGAAGCUGUAGUUUUUUCAUCAAAGCGACAGAACAUUUGCCAGAAUCACCAAAAUCGGUACACUUUAAUGGGAACUAAGGACAUGGAAACAAUACGAGGAUUGUUUAACGAUGUAAGGAUGGUGGUUAACGUCACUUUAACCUAACUUCAUCCAAGUGAACUUUACCACCAUAAACCUAUGAAAGCUAGAGCUGGUCUGUGGAAUAAAACAGGACGCGCCACGUGGUUGGACAUCUACUGUAGAAUGAACCAGAUAACGUAGCGAGAUUAGGAGGAUUAUCAGUUGAGAAUGUGUUCCAGGUUUGUUAUACACUAGAGGGCGCUCCCGAGUGAGUCCAAAAUGUAUGGGUUUAUAUGAAGCAACUGAGCAAAAUCUGUUUAUUAAUUGAACUAUCAUUUAUGUACUAAAAUGUCUGAAUAUUAGAGAUUAUAAAACUUAUAAACUUUUAAACCCCUUAACAGACCUUGGUCUGUAUACGGGCCACGAGUGUAGGUGAUACAAAACCCUUUUUUCUGUGGUAAAAUACGUUAUUCACAUUGUGAAAACUUUGAGGGCUUCUACUGGACAUUUGGAGAAGGUGCCUGUUAACUCUUUAUUCCACUAAUGACUUCAAAAUCAGGACUUUCAGUAACGUAUCUUAUCAAAAAUUAGAAACGUUGUGUAUGGGCCACAAGUGUAGGUGAUAUAAAACCUUUUUCUCCAUAGUAAAAUAUGUUAUUUACAUUCUGAAAACUUUAAGGGCCUUGGAGACUCCUAAUAGACACUUUAUUCCACCUAAUAAAAUUUUAGGUCAGUAAUCAGUAGGACUUAACACCAAAUUCUGCAUGUUUAAAAAUAGACAUAAAAACUAGACAACUGGGCUCUGAGUGGUCCAGCAGACUAAGGCGCUGCCACUAUGAUCGGGAGAUCGCUUGUUGGAAUCCAGGUCAUGCAGCUUGCCAUCAGAUACCGGAGCCCUGAGAGAGCACAAUUGGCCUUGCUCUCUCUGGGUGCGUAGAUGGCGCUCUCUCUCCACAUCACUCCAAAGGGAGAUGUCGAUCAGCACAAGGUGUGUCUGUGAGCUGAUGUAUCAGAACCAAGCCGCUGCGCUUUCCUCCAAACGCGCUCUGAUGCUACUCGGAAAUGUUAGUAAAAGAGGGAGUGUCUCGAAGAAGUAUGUCUUGAAGAAGGCAUGUGCUGGUCGUCACCCUCCUGUUGUUGGGGCAUCACUAGUGAUAGGAGUACAGCUGAGCAGCUGAGUGGGUGGGAUAAUCAGCAUAGCUAAAUUGGGGAGUAAAGCGGGAUAAAAUGUUUAAAAAAAAAGAGGUUUGGAGGACAUGAAAUGUUUGAUUUGUAUUCAAGAAAAUAUUGAUUUUUUAAAGUUUUUAAUGUUAAAGUGGCAGUCUGUUAGAUUUUGUUUCUAAACUGAAAGCAGAUGUAUUUCUGAGAGGAGAAGGGAUAAAAUAUUGUGUUUAAUGGUACCAGUGUGGUGGAACGACCAUCCGUGCUAAGCCUAAUACAGCAUGUUCAUUCUAAAAACUGGGGUGUCGGGUCGCUUCUAGCCACGUCACGCGUCUUUAGGUACUUAAGUCACACGUACAGUCUCUAAAAGAGGAUCCGGCUCAGUUUUACUGAACGCGAGCGGAUAGUGGAGCAAUGGAGACUUCAGAAGGGGAAUCUAGGAUUCAUAAAAUGAAUCUUCUGCAUGUUCGGUGCAAUUACCAAUUCUCACCAGAGAGGCCCUAAAUCAGAAAAACGUACAAACAUCAGCUAUAAGGAAAGCACCAGUUCUAUGAUUUAAUUAAUAAUAUUUUGACACAGACUUACAUUUAACUUACAUUUUUACAAAUAUUUUCUAAAACAAUACCAAUCAGCGUUUUUAGUAACGUGUCUUAUCAAACAUGAGACCUUUAUAUGUAAUGGUUGAAUUGAAAUCCUUAGGAUGUAUAUGUGUAGAAUGUCAGGCAUAAAAUUUAUUAAAAGGCCUGGCUUUAUCUCCAGCAUUAGCUCACCAACCAGUCAGCAUACAGUAGCAGCAAUAAUAAUGUCUUUAUUGCCAAAAACCUGAAUGUAGAAAGUAGAAAAAUUACAAAUCUGGUGAAAUACAUCAUUCUACUUUUUUAAAUUAAAAGAAUUUACUAACCAAUAAAUAUAAACUAUUCAGCCCCAUUCAUUGAGGACUCACUCUUGGACUCCCUUUAUUGAUUAGCAUUCAUUUUUGUAUCUAACAGGGUAAACAGGAAGUGAUAAACCGACUCUGACUGACCUUUGACCAGCCAGGCCUAUAUAAUUUACUCCUUUAACCAUCCCUUUACCCAUCAGAGAGCUAGCCAAAUAAAAAGUGGCUGGGAUAACAUCUGCUUUACACUGACCAGCUAUGCCUGAACCAGCUUAUCUAUCCUUUACAAAUGAUAUUACUACCCCAGUUCAACCACCAAAGUUGGGAUGCUGUUUAAAAAGUGAAUAAAUGCAAUAAAAACAGAAUGCAGUGAUUUUUAUGUCAUAGACCCAUGCUUUAUUCACACUAAACAUAUGAUAGUUGAUAAAAGUUGAUUUUCUUUGCAUAAUACAGCUUUUAACCUGUAUUCAUGGAUUGCACGUUGAACUGUGUUCACAGACAGUAAAGGUUUUUGGAAGUGUUCCUGAGGGCAUGCAGUGAUUUCCAGUACAGAAUCAGUACAGCCUGCUUUUAAUGCAUUAAAACCUGAGGGCCCAAAGAUCACCAACAUCAAUCAACCUUUAUUUAAACUCGGAGUACAUUGAGGGUGGCCCUCAUUUACAAUGCAGCCGAGCAAUUACAUAAGGAAGGGAUUGACAGCAACAACAACAACAAAAAAUGUAGAUAGAAUAAAAUAAGCAAUAAAAAAAACAGCAUUUUAAUAAGGUAUAAGAAUUAUUUAAAAAAUGGAUAAUAAUUGUAAAAAUAUUAAGAUAUAAAACAAAUAAGCUAAAAAUAAUCAUUUAAGAGUAGGAAUCAUAAAAUCAUAGGUAAAAAAAGGCAAUAGAACUAAUAAAAAUUCAAGUACAGAUGAAUAAAUAAAAACGAAACACAUAAAAGAGUAAAUAAAAAUAAGCAAUACCUAAAAAAUAAUUAAAGAAAAUAAAGAAACUAAAAAGAAAUGUGGAAAAAACAGCUAAAACAAACCAACAUUAAAAACUAAAAAGUUAACUAAAAAACAAUUAAUAUUAAUAAAAAUAAAAAUAAAGAAGGAGCUAAAACAGUGGCAGGCUGUCUGAAGGGGGCUAGAGACUAGGAGUUUAAAAAGAUUUAAAAUGAUUUAGUACUAAUUCUCUUAAUUAAUCGUGGAUUCUGAGAUUGUUGGGGUCUCCAAAAUCAGUACAUGGUAGGUUUUGAAAAUAUUAAUAUAUUAUUUGAUUGGAAAAGUUUGCUUUUGUUAGACUAUACGCUGAAUACUAAACAGUGUUAUGAAGCUUAACCAAACUUUUAUUUUUAUUCAUUUAUAGGAAAUAAAGCUUGUAUAAAACCAAAUGAUUUAAAUGGAUGACGCAGGGAUAGAAACAUGCCAGAUAUUUACCUGAACACACCUCACUUCCUGACCUCCACGCCCAUCAGUGUAGAUUUAUUUCUAAACUCAGACGCAAUUUUAACAGUGUGGCCACAAGGCGUGAAAAUAGACUGAUGACGGGGUGUAAGAUAGCAAUGAGCAUCGCAAUGCGCACAGCACAGGGUGUACAAUAGGGGCAUAAGUAUUCACAAUGUUAUGGUGAGGGACAUUUUUUGUAAAAUCCUUUCAUUUUUUUAUAAAGUGCUAUGUAGCUUAGUGAAGAUACCCGUUUUUGCUUCAUAAUAGUCAUAAUAGUUUGUUAGUUGCAAAUUAUUCCAAUUAAAGCUGUUUUUUUUUAAAUUAUUAUUAGUACCAAUUAAUUCCCAACAUUUUGAGAUGUGCUACUGCCAUUGAGUUUUAAAUGAGUUGAAAUGGUAAAAUAUCUCACUUCUAACAUAUGAGACGUGUUCUAUUACCAAUAAAAUAUGGGUUUAUGAGAUUUGCAAAUCAUUGCAUUCUGAUUGUAUUCCCAUUUAUUGAAAUUUUUAAAGCGUCCCAACUUUUUUUGGAAUUAGGACUGAAAAACAGACUGAAAAACAAACUUUUCUCACAUCAGAACAGAUGUUCUGUCUGAGCUGAAUCUUCAUCUGUCAUCCACCUCCACGACAAGACAAGAGGACGCCAAGAAAAUCAUCUUCUUCCUGAAGUCAAAACAAAACCACUGUCAUCUCCUUUUCUCUCUCUCUCUCUUUCUGUCCAAUGAUGAAUCCUGUGUCUCUGACUCUUACAGGAACUGAUGUGCUGCUGCUGUCAGCAGAACUAGAGCUAUUAGAGUUAGUGUUCUAGAGUAGAGAAGCACAGAUCUGAAUAGCUAGUGCUCUCCUGUCGUUGACCUGUGUGCUUCAUUAUUUAAUAAGGUCAGUGAGUUCUUUAAUGGAGCCAAUAGCACACUGUAUUUAAACCAACUCUCUGCUGAAUGUCAAUAUCAAUAGACCGGCACACUCCGUAACCAACCUUCAGACAAUGUCUUUCAUUUCUUCUCAGGGUGGGAAAAUUACUACUAUUAUUGUUAUUAUUAUUGUUGUUGUUUUUAUACAUCCUAAUGAUUAUGUCUGCAGCCCAUUGUAGCUCAUUCCCAGAAGCACUUAACGUUUGAUUUGAAUGCCUUUUGUAGAUCUUGCUAUGAGAUGUACACUCGAUAUAGUUAGGGAUUUUCUUUGUAUACAAUAAACACUGUGUCUGUAAGAAAUAUUAAUAAAGUUUAUAUGGCAGGGAA